GGCAAAAACAAAACAAAACAAAAAAAAAAAAACAACAAAACUUAAGAGAGUUUAAUUAGCUGAAAGUUGGGACAAUGGAUAAGGAUAAGGAGAAACUCAGAGGAAAAUUCGGAAAUCUGUCACCAAAACCCAACAAAUGUCUAUUGGCCAGAAAUCGAGGAGCCAAGUAUUUUGACAAGACUCUAAAUGGGAUAUUAGUAAAGACUGAGCUGCGUUCCUGCGCAGCGUGCGGCGAACCAAUCUCGGAUCGAUUUUUUCUCGAGGUUGGCGGCUGCUCGUGGCACGCCCAUUGCCUCAGAUGUUGCAUGUGCAUGUGCCCGCUGGACCGGCAACAGUCGUGCUUCAUCAGGGAACGCCAGGUCUACUGCAAGGCCGAUUACAGCAAAAAUUUCGGCGCCAAGUGCUCGAAAUGCUGUCGCGGCAUCUCCGCCUCCGACUGGGUGCGACGAGCGCGCGAUUUGGUUUUCCAUUUGGCGUGCUUUGCCUGCGAUCAGUGUGGACGCCAGUUGUCCACCGGCGAACAGUUUGCGCUCAUGGAUGACCGUGUGCUCUGCAAGGCUCAUUAUCUUGAAACGGUCGAGGGUGGCACCACAUCAAGUGACGAUGGCUGUGAUGGUGAUGGUUAUCACAAGAGUAAAACGAAACGUGUGCGCACCACCUUCACCGAGGAGCAAUUGCAAGUGCUGCAGGCCAACUUUCAGAUUGACAGUAAUCCGGAUGGCCAGGAUUUGGAGCGCAUCGCCUCAGUAACUGGUCUGAGCAAGCGUGUGACGCAAGUUUGGUUUCAGAAUUCGCGUGCGCGUCAGAAAAAACACAUACAUGCUGGUAAGAAUAAAAUACGCGAACCGGAAGGAAGCUCAUUUGCGCGUCAUAUUAACCUGCAGUUAACGUACUCGUUUCAGAAUAACCCACAGAAUCCCAUGCAUAUGAAUGGCACCAAAGGGGCUCUAUAUCCAGCGCAUGAAUCCUCCAUGGAUGAAUUGUCGCAGGACUCGAGCGUUCACUGUAUGCCCAGCGAGGUGUGACUGCAGCAGUCCUCGCCAGCGCGUGCUCAUCGCUAGCUUCAAUAAAAGAAAUAUACGAAAAAACUGAACACAAUGAUCAGUUAAAGCUAUGUGCAUCAGCUGGCUGUGGGCUGCUUUUAAGCAACAACAACAACAACAAAAACAACAACAACAAAAAUAAAACGAAAAAACGUCCUUUCCUAGUCAAAAUUUUAUGUAAAGCGUCGUAGCAGACAGCAAACGCUCAUAUGAAAUGAAAAACAAAAACAAAAAAAACAAAAAAAAAAAACAUAAAACAAAAUAUUAAAAAAAAAGUCGUUAAAACAUUGCGAGUAUUUCAACACAUCGUCGAGGAUCGUCAACAAUCCAUCAGCUGUUUGAUGCUUUGAGCAUCCGGAAACGCGCCCCAGUCCACAUAGAGUCGGCAAAAUCCAAUAUCUCAUCUCAGAAUACUACAACACAUACAUUCCUGCAUAGCCUAUAAAACAUAAAACAAAAAAACCUAAGCAUAGUUUAGUUAAUUUAAUUUAAAUGAAAUUUAAAUUUAAUUUAGUUUAAUGCCUAAUUGUUAAGUGUUUUGCUCUCUAACUAUCCAAGCAACUAUCCAUCUCUCUCUCUUUCCCUCUCUAUCUCUCUCUCGCUCUCUUGCUUCCAAACUAACUUUUAGUUGUUAGGGUAUACAAAAAAAAAA